AGCCACCAGCACUAUAAGUAGGGCUGGUGACGAUCCACCCCGGCAAACCAACCGCUGAACCCCGGCAAAGCACCUGCUGAACCCCGGCGCGUGGAGCAGGCAGCGUGGGCCGGGUGGAGGAGGCGCCCAGGAGGAGCUGUGGUGAGGGUGUCCUGUGCUGGGGAGCCCAACAGCACGUGCUCGAUGCCAACGCAGUGUCCAUAGGCUCUGGCACACCCGGGACAUGGAUCACAGCGCUGGGACAGGUCCAUAAGGGCUCCCCAGCAGGUGCCAGGCGAUGGCAGGAGCUCAGGUGGGGCUCCUGGGAACCUUCCCGGAGCCCCCAGUUGGGCCGUGCCCUGUCUCUGAUUCCGACUCCGACUUCGAGGACGUGGCUGUGGGUGGCACAGGACCCGGUGCUGGGGCACAGAGCCCCUCCCAGGUCAUCCACAGUGGCCACUUCAUGGUGUCGUCCCCACACAGCGACGCGCUGCCCCGGCGGCGGCACCACCGCGCCAAGCCCGAGCCGGCGGAUCCCCGGAGCAUCGACCCGACCCUCACCCGGCUCUUCGAGUGCAUGAGCCUGGAGUACAGUGGGAAGUUGGUGUCACCCAAGUGGAAGAAUUUCAAGGGGCUGAGGCUGCUUUGCCGGGAUAAAAUUCGUCUCAACAACGCGAUCUGGAGAGCGUGGUACAUCCAGUAUGUGGAGAGGAGGAAGAACCCUGUGUGUGGCUUCAUCACCCCUCUGGAGGGGUUGGAGGCCGAUGAGCACCGAAAACCAGAGGCUGUUGUGCUGGAGGGGAACUACUGGAAGCGCCGCAUCGAGGUGGUGAUGAGGGAGUACCACAAGUGGAGGAUCUACUACAAGAAGCGGCUCCGAAAGUCCACCCGGGAGGGAGAGAUCUCCAGUCCAAAGCAGGAUGAGGAUGUCUGGAGGCCAACAGAGAAAUGGUGCAACCAGCUCUUCUGCAACGUGGUGCCAGUGCUGCUUGGGAAUGAGGAAGAGGAGCCUGGGAGUAGGCAGCACUUUGACUUGGACACCUUCCUCUCAGAUAUAUCUGAUACCCUCUUCACCAUGACACAGAUGCCCAGCACUCACCAGGCACUUCCCGAGGACGCGUACGUUGGGAAUGCUGACAUGAUACAGCCGGACUUGGCACCCCUGCAGCCCAGCCUGGAUGACAUGGACAUCUCAGAUCUCUUCUUCAGCCACCGAACAGCCCCAUCACAGACACAACUGGGCUACCAGGAGCCGUCCUGCUUCUUGCCCAUGGCCGAGCCCCUGUUUGAUGCCGGGGAGUCCCUGAUGGGUGCUAGGGGGCUGCCUGCAAGCCCUGAGGCCCCACUGUCACCCGGCACCCUCCUCCAGCCUGGCAGCGCCUCCCAGCUCAGCCUGCACAGCGCCUUCCUGGGCCCCGAGCUGCCCCCGGCCCCCCUGCCCCCCGAGCCCCCCUCUGCAGUGCCCAGCAACUUCAGCCCCCAGCUCCGACACAAACUCCCGCUGCAGUACGACCUCCCCACCAAGUGCCUCAGCCUGGAGCCGCCAGGACCCCACUACAUCCCCCCCAUCCUGUCCCCUGGGGCGCCACUACCAAGCCCAGACUCCCCCUUCUCCCCCGCCUCGGCCCCCCGCUCCAAGUUCCCCUACGCCAGCUCCCCCGGCCCCUCUCUCCUCACCCACCCUGCCUCCCCCCUCUCAGCCCCCUGCUUCGCCCCCCACACCCCGGGGCUGGGCUACCCCACGGGCAUGGUGCCCCCGGGGUACCCCGGCCCUGCUGCCCCCCAGCUCCUGCCCCCUGCCCUGCUGGGUGACCCCAGGUUUGCCCCCCCCAAGGGGCUGCCCCAGGGUGGGGGGGGGCGGCCCAAAGCAAAGCCCGGUGGCACCAAGGCAAGGAGGCAGCCAGGACCCGCUGGGCCCCACCUGCCUGUGUCCAACCCCUGCCUGAGCCAGUUGCUGACUGCAGCCAAGCAGGACCCAGCCCUGGACGCCCCUCGCCCGAUGGGUGCAGGACUCAUGCCCAUGGCCCCUGUCUCCCCGGCACAAGGGGGAAGGAGUGGACAUGUGGCUGGAGGUGGCAGGAUUCACCCGAGUGUCUUCAGUAAAAGAACCAGGGCAGAGCAGCAGAGCACUGUUCCCGAAGUCCCUGCCACCUUCCUCUCCAGAAUGGCCCAGCUGAGCCCAGGACUGGCUCCUGGCUCCAGCCCUUCCCCAGUGGUGCCGGUGCCGCUGGCAGGCAUGCAACCGGGCUCCCUGAGAGUCCCCAAGGCAGAGCAGCUGUCUCCCACCUCAGCUUGUGACAGCAACUGGUGCAAGCCCAGCCAGGCUUCUCCAGGACCCACUGCAGGGCUGGGCACUGGCACCUCCGUGCACCACCCCGUGUCCCGUCGGGGCAGGCCUGAGUCCAACAAGCUGGAGAGCCGCCGCAUCACGCACAUCUCCGCCGAGCAGAAGAGGCGCUUCAACAUCAAGCUGGGCUUCACCACGCUGCACAGCCUGGUGAGCACGCUGAGCACCCAGCCCAGCAUCAAGGUCAGCAAGGCCACCACCCUGCAGAAGACAGCUGAGUACAUCUGUAAGCUGCAGCAGGAGCGGGCGGCUCUGCAGGAUGAGGCGCAGCGGCUGCGGGAGCAGAUUGAGGAGCUCAACAGCUCCAUCAACCUGUGCCAGGAGCAGCUGCCGGCCACGGGGGUGCCCAUCACGCGCCAGCGCUUCGACCACAUGCGCGGCAUGUUCGACGAGUACGUCCGCUCCUCCACACUGCAGAACUGGAAGUUCUGGAUCUUCAGUAUCAUCAUGCGGCCCCUCUUUGAGUCCUUCAAUGGGAUGGUGUCCACAGCAAGCAUGGAGAGUCUCACCCAGACAUCCCUGGCCUGGCUGGACCAGCACUGCUCCCUCCCAGCACUUCGGCCAACCGUCCUGAGCUCCCUGCGGCAGCUGAGCGUCUCCACCUCCAUCCUCAGCGACCCUGCCCGUGUCCCCGAGCAGGCGGCGCGGGCGGUGGCGGCGCUGGGACGCGGCGCCUCCUCCUCCUCCUCCUGACUGCCCCAGGAGGGCGGCCCGGGGGCUCCGGGGGUCCCAGCCGGGGCUGCGAGGGGGCUGUCCCCAUCUUCCCCCCCGAUAAAGGACUCGCUGUGCCACAGGCCCCGCCUGGUUCUUCAGCCCCGGGGCUGUUCUAGGGCACGGCUG